GUUCCAAGUUUCCAUUCUUGUUCUACAGUAAGCUCAUUAGAUUCAUUCAAGAUCAUUUCCCUAAUUUCAUUCCAAAGAAGGAGAUGGUUUUCCGUAUGCCUUCAAUUCUUCAUGCCAAGCAGAUCCUCAAACUGCAAUCUCUUCUUACCAGAAGUCAGCUAUCUGUAUCAUCAACAACAGCUGAAGUGCCAAAAGGCCACUUUGCAGUUUAUGUUGGAGAAGCUGAAAAGAAGCGGUUUGUGGUUCCAAUAUCUUACUUGAACAAUCCUUUAUUCCAGAAAUUGUUGAGUCAUGCUGAGGAAGAAUUCGGCUUCAAUCAACCAAUGGGUGGAGUCACAAUCCCAUGCAAGGAAGAAUCUUUUGUUGAUCUAACUUCUCGUAUAAAUUCAUCCUGAGAGAAGGCGGUGCAAAAUGUUAGGAAAAUAGUUGGCACAUCAAGUCUGCUGUCUCUAAUUUUGACCCAAUCAAAUGAUUUCAUAGUUGUACAUAAAUUGGCAGAGGGAUACAAAAUUCAUAUUUCAUUGAGGUUCUUUUCUCCUACCUUUCUCAAAUUGCAGAAGCUGAGUGUUUAUACUAUUUGAUAUACCAAUCAUGUAUACACUGAAAUUCACCAAGAUCUGUCCAGGAACUGUAUCUUGAACUUCUUAACUGCAAUCUACCUGUGGAUGAGAUACAAGCAUAAAAUCUUCCAUCCUGAAAAUCUUCAUUCUCUUACAGCGUUAAACCUCUU